AUGGUUGAAGAGAUUGUCGAGGUAGAGGUAGAGGCUGAGUCUUCGAAGGAACAGAGAAAGAAUAAGAAGCGAAAAGAAGCCCAUGGUGCACGCAAGAUGCAGAAAGCAGCAAUGGCUGAAGAGAUUGUCGAGAGGAAGAAUAAGAAGCGAAAAGAAGCCUGUGGUGCACGCAAGAUACAGAAAGCAGCAAUGGCUGAACUUGUCGAGGUAGAGGUAGAGAUAGAGGCUGAGUCUUCGAAGGAACGGAGGAAGAAUAAGAAAGGGAAAGAAGCACGUGCACGCAAGAUGCAGAAAGCAGCAAUGGCUGAAGAGAUUGUCGAGGUAGAGGUAGAGGCUGAGUCUUCGAAGGAACAGAGGAAGAAUAAAAAGCGGAAAGAAGCCUGUGGUGCACGCAAGAUGCAGAAAGCAGCAAUGGAUGAAGAGAUUGUCGAGGUAGAGGUAUAG